ACAAACUGUCUAAAAGAAAACCUGCUCUCAGAGGGACAUUCUCUUCUACUUUCUAAAGAAAAUUGCUUGUGACUACUUCUUGUGUCUGUAGGGUUAAUUUUCAUCUAAGGGAUUGUAUUUUUUGACUGUUAGACACAAUGUCCCUCUGAGAGCAUGUUUUCUUUCAAAGAGUGUUUUUCCAGACUCUCUGCAUUCCUUGGAGAUGAUAACGCCUUAUGUUCAGUACGAUCUGUGCUGAACAGAUGUCUCCUCUUCUGGAAUCACCUCUGUUUGCAGUGUUCCCCUAUCUCCAGCCCAAGGUCAGGCAGAGAGUUGGCUCCAAAGCUCCAGAUUACAGAUGCAUUGAAGUGGGAAAGGUUUGCUUUCUAAAGCGCCAAAGCUGGGACACUGUCAAGCCCGAGAUCAUCUGCAAGCUGGAGCGAGGAGAGACACUGCGUGUGCCAGACCCCCCCGGGGUGCAGCAGAGGCACCAGAGCCCUGUGCCAGGCGGGUCCCAGGGGCCCGUGGGAGGGAUGCUGGAUUCCAGCAGCAGUGUUUUGGGGGGCUCAUCCUCUAGCGAGCUGAGCAGGAGCCAGGAGGGUCCUGCAGGGCACCCUCACUUUCACCCCAUACCGGCUCUCCAGCCACUGGAGAAGAGCCCUCCAACCUGCCCCAAGUGCUACAAGAGCUUCAGGAGCCCGAGUGUGCUCAUCAUCCAUGAGCGGAGCCACACGGGCGAGUGCCCCUUCACCUGCACCGACUGCAGCAAGAGCUUCAGCCAGAAGAGCUCCCUGAUCAGGCACCAGCGCAUCCACACGGGUGAGCGCCCCUUCACCUGUGCUGACUGCGGCAAGAGCUUCAGCCAGAAGAGCAGCCUGAGCAAGCACCAGCCCGUCCACACUGGCGAGCGCCCCUUUGCCUGCAGCCACUGUAACCACUGCUUCAGCCAGAAGCAACACCUGGUCACCCACCAACGCAUCCACACUGGAGAGCGUGCCUUUGCCUGCACCAGCUGUGGCGAGACCUUCACCCAGAAGAGCUCUCUCAUCAAGCACCAGCGCAUCCACACCAGUGCAUCCGGCUUUGCCUGUGCCGAGUGCAGCAAGAGCUUCAGCCACAAGGGCAACCUCCUCAGACACCAGCGCAUCCACACAGGCAACCGCCCCUUCGCCUGUGCUGACUGCAACAAGAGCUUCAGUGAGAAGGGCGCCCUGAUCAGACACCAGCACAUCCACAGCAGAGAGCGCCCCUUUGCCUGCACUGACUGCAACAAGAGCUUCAGAGAGAAGGGCAACCUCAUCAGACACCAGCACACCCACAGGAGUGAGCGCCCCUUUGCCUGUACCGACUGCAACAAGAGCUUCAGAGAGAAGAGCGCCCUGACCAGACACCAGCAAAUCCACACCAGCGAGCGCCCCUUUGCCUGCACUGAUUGCGGCAAAAGCUUCAGCUGGAAGGACUCCCUGACCAAGCACCAGCGCAUCCAUACAGGCGAGCGCCCCUUUGCCUGCACUGACUGCAGCAAGAGCUUCAGCUGGAAGGGUGCCCUGAUCAGCCACCGGCGCACCCACACCGGUGAGCGGCCCUUCACCUGCACCAGCUGUGGCAAGAGCUUCAGCUGGAAGCGCGCCCUGACCGUUCAUCAGCGCAGCCACACCGGUGAACGUCCCUUUGCCUGCUCAGAGUGCAACAAGAGCUUCAUCUGCAAGGGCGACCUCAUCAUUCAUCAGCGCAUCCACACGGGCCAGCGCCCCUUCACCUGCGCUGACUGCAGUAAGAGCUUCAGCCAGAAGAGCUACCUGACCAGGCACCAGCGCAUCCACACCGGUGAGCGUCCCUUUGCCUGCACCACCUGUGGCAAGAGCUUCAGCCAGAAGGGCGACCUGACCAUUCACCAGCGCAUCCACACCGGCGAGCGCCCCUUUGCCUGUGGCCACUGUGACCUCCGCUUCAGAUGGAAGAAAUCCUUGGUCACUCACCAGCGUCUCCACACUAGCGAGAAGCCCUAGAAAUGUGGAAAACAAAGAGGAUGGCAUGGCAUGGCAUGGCAUAAGCUUUUUCAGUGGGAAGGGACCUGCAAGGCUCUGCCGGUCCAGCUGCCUGAGGACUUCAGGGCUGAGCAGCAGCUAAAGCAUGGCAUUACAGCAUCCGCCAAAGGAAGGCAGGCCAGCUGCCUGGGUCCCUCCCCAGGAGGAUUGUUCUUCUAAUUGCAAAGCAAGUGGUCGAUAGGCACUUCUCCCCUUGGAGCCAUGGACUGACUUUAACCCCCUAUCACACACUGCUCCUUCCAUUCACGCCAGCAUCUUAACUUCUUCGCAGCCCCGUGGCACACUUCUCGGCACCUUGUUGUGCCAGUAUGCGUAUUUGUGCUCUGGGAUCUAAUAAAAUCGUUACCAAUUGUCAUCAAGGCCCAACUGGGAUUCAAACAGAUGGGCAUCAUCAUUGUCCUUGGCUAAGCCUCCACUCCCCGGACACACAGACCCAUUCUCUUUCCGGACCUUAGUAGGAGUGUCUUGUUCUCUGUCCUGCAAUUCCCCUUCUGGGGGCACAAAGGGGGUUUCUCCCUUCCCAGGGGCUGGGGAGGAGAUGACAUUUGCUCCUUCCUGUCACUGUUCUGUCCUCCCUGGAAUGCUUCAGUCAGACCCAAGGCAUUGCCCGGAGGCCUGGGAAGGCCUGGGCUGAUGCACUCACUCCUCCAGAAUCCAUUCCUCCGCUCUCAGGAUUCAGCCCCGCUCGCUGCCUGCGCUGCCGGGACAGGGAGAGGGUGGCCGUGCCCAGGACCCGCCUGGCCCGGUUCCCUCUGCGGGAGGAUGCAGGGCAGCUGCCUGUGCCCCUGCAUCCCUGGGCAGCUCCGAGCCCCCCGGGUCCC